AUUUACCGUCAUGUACAGUAUACACGACGGACGACACGCUUCUCUGAUCCGAACUCUAGAGGGACAGCCCGUCUUUAGAAACCGGCAGUCUCAAGAGCGGCCUUUCUUGGUGGACACCUGGCCGAUCCAACGACCGGACGGACGCACGUAAAACCUCGAGUGGACGCCAUGGCGUGGUCACCCAUGUUCAGAUGACACGCGACGCGUUGAUGCCCUCACGAUACCGGCCCGUCCUGUCGAGACCCUCGAUUCCUCGCCACAGCAAGGCGACCCCUGCACGAAGGAAAUGACCAUCUUGGAAAGACACAGCCAAGAUGAAGGUCCUCUGCGUGGCGGAAAAGCCGUCCAUUUCCAAGGCCGUCGCUGGCCACCUUUCUGGCGGCAGCUUUCGAACUCACGGAACACGCAACCAGUACAUCAAGAAUUACUCAUUCCAGUUCAACUUUGGGCAGCCGUGGGGCGACUGCGAAGUCACCAUGACCUGCGUCUCCGGCCAUCUUACAGGAGUCGAGUUUCCUAGCGACUACAAGAACUGGGAGUCACCUCCUCCAGAAUCGCUGUUUGCCGCGCCAACCCUAACCACCGUACAAGAGGACAAACGAACAAUCGCUCAAAACAUUCAAGAGCAAGCCCAGUAUUGCCGCCUGCUGGUCAUUUGGACGGAUUGUGACCGGGAAGGAGAGCACAUUGGCCAGGAGAUUGUCGAUGCUGCCAAGAAGGGAAACCGUCAACUGCAAGUCAAGCGUGCCAAGUUCAGCAACGUCGAACGAGCACAUGUCUUGUCAGCAGCUCGAAGGCUCGUUGACUUGGAUGAGAGGCAGGUUAACGCCGUGAGUGCCAGAAUAGAGCUGGAUCUGCGCAUCGGCUUCGCCUUCACGCGGUUCAUGACCACCCGAUUGAGGGGCCUCGGCGGGCCUCUUGCCGAAAAGCUCCUGAGUUAUGGGUCAUGCCAAUUUCCUACGUUGGGCUUUGUGGUUGACCGUUACUUUCGCGUACGAAACUUUGUGCCAGAGCCCUUCUGGAGCAUCAGGCUCAUGCACAAGAAAGAUGGCAAGGCAGUGCACUUCUCAUGGGCAAGAAACCAUCUAUUCGAUCGGAUGACGGCCAUCAUCUUAUAUGAGAGAUGUCUCGAUGCCAAAAAGGCCACAGUCACCAAAGUUCAGGAGAAGCCAACCCGCAAAUUCAAGCCGCUGCCACUCACGACUGUCGAGCUUCAGAAGGCUGCAACCCGGAUGCUGCGCAUGAGCGGUCAGCAAGCCAUGAACGUCGCAGAGGGCCUCUACAACAAGGGAUUCAUAAGCUACCCGAGAACUGAGACGGACCGCUUUGACAAAGGUAUGAAUCUCAGGGCGCUGGUGCAAAAGCAGACACCGGACCAGAGAUGGGGGGCAUUUGCUCAGGGACUCAUGGACGGCGCGUUCCAACAGCCCCGAGAAGGGCGACACGACGACAAAGCCCAUCCCCCCAUUCACCCAAUCACGUAUGCUGCGCCAACGGUACUGUCUCCCGACGAAGCACGUUUGUACGAGUAUGUCGUUCGUCGGUUCCUGGCAUGUUGCUCAGACGAUGCCAAAGGUAUGGCGACAGACGUCGAAGUGCAAUUUGGGGACGAACGAUUCAGCACUCGGGGAGUCAUCGUUCUGGAGCGGAACUACCUUGACGUCUACGUCUACGACAAGUGGGACAAUACGGCAGAGCUGCCCAAGUUCACCAGAGGGGAGGAAUUUGCACCGACCGAAGCAAUGAUGACGGAGGGCAAAACAUCACCGCCGGGCUACCUGACAGAAGCGGACCUGAUUGCGCUCAUGGAUGCCAACGGCAUUGGCACGGAUGCCACCAUGGCGGAGCAUAUCCAGAAAAUCCAGGACCGAGAUUACGUUGCAACUAUUGAGCGCGCCGGCGGAGCGGCGGACGCAGCCGACGAAGGGGUGGUGUCGUCGCGAGGCGGUCGAGGACGUGGCGGUGCCAGGGGAGGCCGUGGGCGCGGAGGUGCAACGGCGGGCGGGCGACGCGGAGGUCAAAAAGUCUUCAUUCCGACUCAGCUGGGCGUGGCACUGAUAUUGGGGUUUGAUCGGAUGAACUUUGAGACCAGUCUCGGCAAGCCGUUUUUACGAAAAGAGAUGGAGCUCAAGAUGAAGGCCAUCUGCGAGGGUACAACGACGAAGCGCGCGGUUCUAGAUGAGAGCCUCGCACAGUACAAGCAAGUGUUUCUGCAGUCGCAGGAGCAGCUAGGCGUUCUGAUCCAGGCCUGUCAGGAGUUUGUGUUUGGACGUGCUCCUCGACGACUUCAAGGCGACAGCGGUUGAGGUCAUUGCCGGCGCCCACGUGCACGGCUCGGGAGAGGGAGCGAGCCCCUCUGAAUCUUCAUUACGGAAUGACCACUACAGCACGAUGCAAUGAUACCGCACCCUUGCAGGCAACGUCGAGGGUGACAAGUCAAACAAGGGCGGCAUUGGGCAAACGUCCGCGGGACGAUCCGACACACUCGGCGCUGUAGCUGCAGAGCAACGGACAAGGGCGUUUUCUUGCAGCGAUGCGAUGCUCGUCACCCACUUGCAGAGAUUGACGUAUCUCGGCCCUGCGCUGUCCCACGACUACGGCACAGCGCUGGACAACGUGGGGUGACAUCCAAGGCCCAGAGGAGAGGAGAGGGGCAUUGCUCACCUCAGUCACUCCGGUGUCGGGACACGCGGAGCUUUGCCGCGCGCGUGUGGUCGGAGGUUGCCCAAGGAGGGGCAGUUUGUCAUGAUAAUCCACGUUGUUGGACACGGUGGAUUCGAGAAACGAGAGGCCGGUUUGGGGCGUCUCGAGCCAACCACCCGGUACCACACGGAUGACGGACGAAGUCGUGGGGCCGCUUGAGAGCGGCAGAGGACGACAAGUAAAGUACUAUACGGGAUUGCCGGAUGUGAGACGUGGGCCGGCCAACAUGGCACAAUACGAACUCACGUCAACGAGCCCGCCGAGUCGGGCCACGGCGACAUCCUUGGGACAAUCAGAUCCAACCUGCUGCUUGACCGUACGUGGUUGGCAUGCGUUGAAUUGAAUGCAGGGCGGUGCCGAGUACCUCAAAAGCAUGAUGACUCCGUCUAAGCCUUGUCACGAUCGCAAGCAGACUUCCCGUUCGGGCAGCACCGGGUGGCGGAGACCCAAUCAGAGCGCCGCAGCAGCCAAACGUGACUCCUUUGCGCCGGCCGUUUGGGCGGGCAAACCGGACGGGAGCCGGGCCAAGACAGGCACGCAAGACAAGUUUUUCUGUCUUUGCACUUGUCACGACGGCGGGCGGGCCGCCGGAAACAAAAUGUAAGACUCUUGGUUUGGUCGAUGAAGAGACGCGGCGGUGGCGCCCUGCCUGCGCCCGCAACAUGCAUCCUACGCUUACACCACACCUGACCCCCACGCCCCCCCCUCCCUUCUGAGCGUGCCCUCCUCCCCUUCUACCGGCUGGCACACGGGAGCCCGAUUUGUUGCGAGGCCGAGCUGAAAGAAGGAGACGGGAGCAAAGAGACAAGAGACGCGUGCGAGGAGGGGGAGGGGGCCUACCGCGGAUCAUGCAUACUGGAGAAGGGGGAGUGGUUCAGCACAGAGUGAGACGUGGUGUAGCAGGUACAGUCGUAGAGGAGCACCGGGUAUAUAGAAAGAGUAACAAAUAGAGUGAAAAAAAAAAG